GCUUCGUGGCUGAUGAGUAACUCCGCUCGUUGCGCAUCGGAUCAGUGAGUUAGAAAACAAUUCUUAUUUUAUUAUUUCAAUGCUGUGUAAAUGUUCUGUGCAGGAUCAAGGAAAAGGACACUGAAAAAAAGAGUUUGGUAAUAGCUACCGAAUGUUGAUUUGAUAGUUAUUACUAAACUCUGUUUUUUAGUAAACUUAAACAAUUUAUGCCUUUAAUUUUAAGAGAAAAGCAAAUACCCAAUCGCGCGCGGUUGUAACUGCAAUUUUCGCGAGUGAGUGCAACACGAUUCCUGAUGAUCUGAAAAGAAGAGGAAGAGGCCUGAGAGACAAGCUUGGGGUGAAUAAUAUUUGCAACGUUUACAAGGUGUAUAACAUCUAUCUAGCUCAAUCAAUGGAUAUUUCAAUCGAAUGUUACAAAUAUUUUUCGAAGUAAGAACUUAUGAGAGGAAGCCAACGUCCAUCGUCGUCGAAUUCUUGUGACAUAAACGAACCGCAGCCUGUUCGUCGCGUCGCGCGUUUUAUUUCGGGAGUGCCGUUCAAGUGAUCGGACUAAAAUUUUUCUAAUUAAUUAGUCCACGCGCGAUUGUGAUAUAUUAUGCGCGAGUGCUCCGCGAGUGUAACGGGAAGAGAAGACAACCAUGCAGGAUCUGAGAGGAGGAGGAGGUCUAGGAGAGGUAUCGAGCUUCAGCGGAGCAAACUUGAAAUAAAUAUGUCUUCUUAUUUACAUAAAAUUAAUAGUCUUGUUCUCUUUCAUAUUGUAAGGUUUUAACUUUUAAAUUUCGUGUUCGUAUGUUACAGUAUCGUCGCAGUGGCUGAAUAACUCCGCUCGUUGCGCAUCGGGUCGGUGAGUGAUAUAUAAUUUUUUAUAAUAGGAUAACAAAUGUAUGAAAUUUAUUUUGCAAUAUAUUUAUAUAUUGUACCAACAAAAAUACUAGCAGAGAAAAAUGUUUCACAGAUUUGUUGUCCUAAAUUGUUUGAAAGUUUUUUGUUGUAUGUUACUACUGCACGUGGAAAUGGUUGACAGCCUUCGCCUUCCACUCUUCGACCUGUCUCGAGCGAUCGAAUCGACGAAGCAACUAUUUGCGAUUGUUCUCUUCUCUCAAAAGAGAAUGCUCGAGAGAGAAGGAGACAUGCAGCAGAUAGUCGCUUAGUCGAUUCAAAAAAUCGCAAUGAUCGUUUCGAUACCUCGAGAAUCGCGAUGGCGCUCUUUGAUAGGAUUUGAAUUGCAUCUCAGUCAGGAAAUUUGUUACAUUGUCUUAAAAUAAAUUUUACACCUAAAAGAUCCAAUAAAAUAAUCGGACGUUUGUUGUAAUAUGUUAAAUAGCAUGCGAUCUAGUUAAUCUAAUGUGAAAAGAGAGAAACAGUUUUGUCCCGGCAAACAGAUUCGAUAAAAUAAACGAGAGUGCUAAGUAUAUUCGUGAUACAUAAAUGACAUCUGUCAAGUCAAUUCGUAUUUAAUUUGCGAAAGUGUCACACGUUUUAAUUGUGCAAUAUGAACACCUCAACGAUUUCUCAACGUCGCCGCCGCGGCUCGAUUUGAGUCCACCCGAUUUACUCCGAAGUGUCUACUCGGCAAAUUACACCGGAACUUUGAAGCGUCUUUAAUCGAGUCAGAGGUGCAGUGCGAUACAAAACUGGUGGAAUGUGGAUAACUGAACAUUUUAAUGACGACAGACUUCCCUUCUUGGACGAAGGCGAAAAUAAGAUUGUUGAUCUUCCGUAUGUGUACGUCAAAGAUCCGUUUCAGAGUGUUCAAUAUCACAGUUUGAUGCUUAAAGGCACAGCGAAUCAAUUAAGAAAGUGGCCUAACGAUCUUUUUGGCUCCUUCAUGGCAGCGUGCCUCGUCAUUAGCAGUUUUGUUCUUCUUGUCUUUGUCACGGUGAUCUUUUGUUCACCCAUAGCGAGCGAUGAUAACUGCUGCGAUUUGAAAAUUUCCGACGACGAAUGUUCCUUUAAUGUAUAUUUCGUGAAGGAAGCUGCGCAGGUCUGGUCUGGAAAAGAAUUUUGUUAUGUCGAGGCUGCGGCAAGAGAACAACCCAAUCUAAGUAUACACUUAAUCAAUUUGAUGCGUACUUCCGCUGCACCGAAUAGCUCGGAAAUUCAUCUCAUAAUGGCACUGGCCACCCAAAAUGCCAAUAUUCACUUUGCGAACUUACCGAUUGAUAAAUUUUUCAGCAAAACGGAAUUGUCGAGUAUUGCAAAAAGUUUGAGUAAUGAAUUGCUGAUAAUGGCGGCGAAAGCGUAUCUUCUUUGGAACUUUCCUGGAGUUGCAAUGCAUCCUAGCGCAUAUUGCAAUUUGUCGAUUAUCAAUAAAUCUCGGUGGAAUAAAAUGGGAAAACGAGAUUGCACGCCCGACAAAUUAAUUACGAUUGACCCAACGAUCGAUCUGCAAGCGACAGAUGUGCACUGUCAAGCUUUUUUAGGAUUUUUACUGCGGGAAAUAUCCAAGAAUGCAACGCGAAUUUAUAGUUUGAAGGAUGCACUGGACAAAUUUUGCCCGAGGAUUGAUCGUUGUCCUGAAGUACGAUUACUUGACUUAAAACCGCGCUGUUCGGUCAACGCUUUUGAUUGUCCUACUGUGUAUACAUCUGGAAAAUCUUGGGAGUUUACGAUAUGAUCCAAAAAUUUAUUUAUAAAGCCACUUACACAAGAAACUACUUCAGAUUUCUCUUUCAAAAAAUUUAAUCUGAUUAAAAAUAUAAAAAUAAAAAAUAAAAAA